CCUUAGGGGCCAGGGAGGGCCUUGGGGAGGGGCCUGGCCAGGACGGCCCGACUUCCGUGACACAGCAAACACAGAAAGACAAAGUCCAUUUGGAUGGAAGUGGGAGCGGAAAGAGAGGGGCCAUUUUGACUCUGUGGUCAAAGGAGAUGACUGAUCUGAUGGGGUCUGGGAGCCGAGGUGCCCAGGGUCUAAGGAUAACUCUGGACCCGUGACUGCCAUGAUUCUCACAGAUGAUCCCAGAUUUUGGCAUUCUGAGCAAUGGCAGGUACCACUGGACUUGUUCUGAGACCCUUCUCCUAGAGGAUGGCCAAGGGGCUCCUGAGGACCUAUGCCCUCUGGGCUGUAGGGGGCCUUGCUGGGCUCCAUCACCUGUACCUUGGGUGGGACAGCCACGCACAGCUCUGGAUGCCCCUGGGGGGCGGGGCGGGGAGGGAUGGCCUAGGCUGGCUCUGGGAAUUCUGGAAGCUCCCGAGCUUUGUUGCUCAGGCCAACAGACCCCAGCGGCAGUGGCAGAGUUCAGGAGGGGGGACACACCCUUUGAGUCCCAUUCACUUUGCUGCCCAGAUGAUAGUGGGCAUUUAUUUUGGCCUUGUGGCUCUCAUUAGCCUCUCCUUCAUGGGCAGCUUCUAUAUUGUGGGCCUCCCACUGGCAGCUGGCUUAGGGGUUUUGCUGAUGGCUGCUGUUGGUAACCAGACCUCAGACUUUAAGAACACUCUAGGAGCAGCGUUUCGUACUUCCCCUAUUUUCUAUGGCCACCCCAUAGCCAUCCUGCCCACCAGCUUGGCUGCUGGCAUCACAGCCCAGAAGCAUCGCCUCUGCAAAGCUUCAGUUGGCUCAGAGAUGCUCAGUGUGAGGCUCUACUGCCUGGGCCUGGCUUACCUUGCUUUCACAUGCCCGCUAGCAUACAGUGCCCUCUGCAACACGGCUGUCGCCCUUAGCUAUGUGGCAGAGACCCUUGGCUCCUUCUUCACUUGGUUCAGCUUCUUCCCCCUCCGUGGGCACCUGAUGGAGUCUGUCCUCCUUCUGCCUUACUGGGUCUAGAAGCUGCUGGCGGGAGAUCAUGGCUUCAGCAGCGGCUACUUCCAAGAGUGGUAAAAGCUCUAUGAGUUUGUUCACAGUUUUCAGGAUUAGAAGUGUCAGUUGGCUUACCAGGUUUUGGGUCUCUCAGAGGGGACAACAAAUGAAGAAAUACAUUGCAGAUACCUGGAGCUCGAAGACCACAAUUGGCACCAGGUAGAGGAAGCUCAGAGGCACUUUCUGGAGAUCCAGGCUGCAUAUAAAGUCCUGAGUCAGCCCAGGAAGCCAAGGGGAUCCUGCAGGUGA